GAAGUUUUGUGCUCGAUGCGUUCAUCAUCACGCAGCGGCGGGUGAGUGUUACAAACUUUAGGCGCAGUGGCAUUAAUCUAGCAACAUGUAGCUCCUCUUACUGUUUUGGUGUAAGAGCCAAUUCAGAGUAAAUUGCGUUUGUUGCCGCAUGCGUUAAGAAUCUUAUCGCGUUUUCUUGAAUUGUUUAAGUACCGACACUGUGCGAACUAAAUCAAAACAUUCGCAAUGUAGGGGACAUAUAUACGUGGUUUCGGGAGGAAAGAAUUGUUUUGCUACUGUUUUUUUUUUCUUUCUUUUUUGCCUCGUUAUGUAUAAGUACUUCAGUUUUAAUUUUUUAUGCUCCAUGUCCAGCAGGCUUGUUUUUUGUAUGCAGCUGCGCGCGCAGCUGUGUGAUGGUUGCCAAGAUUAUCGCUGUUACAUUGAGCUGCGCUUCGUAUUGCCGCUUUCUCUUUUACGGUCAAUUGUGUAUCAUCCGUAAGAGGUGUAGCGAGCAGGACCAGGUCAUCUACCUUAAGUGUUUUGCCCUGCUAGCCUUCGUUGACAUCUGCAACCAUGAUCUACAUGUACUCGCGUCUUAAGACCAAUGGGCCAUCCAUUAUCUAAAUAAAGCUUCAUAAUCAUCAUAAUCCUAGUUAUUGCGCCUUCUGCUUCUUCCUCAGCAUUCUUUAUACCGGUAUUGUUUUGCACCCGCCUCCCAUUUCGCUGCGUGUUCGUGUGUAUUUUGUGUAAACAUAUCUCGUAUAUGUUUCCUCAUCUUAAAAAAAAGAAAAAAAAAGAAGAAAUUAAGCUGAUAUUGAAGACAUGGCUAUACUUAGUCAGGUCAAUUUCCUAAGCCUGCGAUUUCUUCCUGCUCCUUCUAGAGUGGCAUUGAGGUUUCGGCAGACGAGCGCGAACUCGUUGUUUCUUGUGUGUCCAACAAGAGAACAAAUUUUCAGGGAGCGCACGCCCGUGACGCGCAUUUUAGAUUGUCUCGACCAAUGUGAAAUAUUUUCCACUCGAUCCAGAAGAAAAGAAGAAAAUGUUUAAGCCAAGGCCGAUCCUCCGUAGUGGGUUCAGCUAUAUCCGUAGGCACCAAGCCAAACUGUCACGGGAAGGUACAGCCGGUGGUCGAAGACGAAGAAGCGAUAGUCCCCGCAAUGGAGCCGAGACGGCGGCAGAAAAAUUGAGUCCAAGUCGGGGGCCCCAUUUCGCCCCACCGCUACCUCUGUCUGCGACCGCAGUACGUCGUCGCUGCCGAGGCUACCGCCAACAUGGAGUCGGAGCAGUCGCAGAGACCGCGAACACUGCGCUACCAGAGCAACACCACUUUCCUCAUCGGUCCGAAUGCAUCGACGGUGCCAGGUAGGUCUAUGCUGCCUGGGCUGCUGCAACGAAAUUCCCAGUCGACGAUCACGACAACUCCGGGCGGCCGCACGUGGCCGCCACAGUCGCCGCCGGCGCUCGGCGCUGAACCCGCUGUAGCUGUCGUGGAAGCGUCCGAGCUACUGCAAGUCGGUUCUAAUACUGCGAUUGCACCUCUUCCGUCACCAGCUGCGUAUGCGCCCGCCGCGCUUCGGCGCUCUCACAUGACCACUUCGCUGACCGAAGUGUCCGCUCGAGUGACCGAAGUGCUCGGCGCGAGCGGCUCCCUCGACCCCAUCGGGAGCUUGGGCUCCAUGCCUUCAGUGCCGCCAGCGUCUACAGUGCCGCCAGCGUCUACAGUGCCGCCAGCGUCUACAGUGCCGCCAGCGUCUACAGUGCCGCCAGCGUCUACAGUGCCGCCAGCGUCUACAGUGCCGCCAGCGUCUACAGUGCCUCCGGCGUCUACAGUGCCUCCGGCGUCUACAGUGCCUCCGGCGCCGUCAGUAUCCGGAUGGGCAGGACGAGCCGCGCCCGGUCCACCGCUGAGGCGCCCUAACAUGCCGGCGUCAGUGACAGAUGCGCACGGCUUCGGCAGUUCGACGGAAAGCGCCGGCAGCGUGACAACGCCAAGCCGGCAGCCCUACUUCGCGACAUCGAUGACAGAGGCGCCGGGCUCUGUGGCCAUCAGCAGCAUGGGAGUGAUCGGGUGCCCCAGUCCAAGAAAUAGCCUCGGUAGUAUGCCGCCCGGAAUGCCUCCGGCACCUCGGCCCUUACGACCACCGCCCCCGCGGAGGUCGCUCUCUCCUGGACAACUGCCGCCGCGUCCUCCGCCACUGGGGCGCCGGUUUCCCGCACCGACUGGCGAAGAAAUUCGGCGUCGACCUCUUCCCGGCGUAGAUUUUCGCGACCGAGAGCGCAUCGAUGAAGGAUACGAUUCGGCGGAGGCAGUUGAUGGCAGACAGGAUCCUCAGCCGCCGCUCUCGCGCGCACCUCCUUCUGGCGUAGAUUUUCGAGAACGAGAGCUAUUCGACGAAGGAUACGACUCGGCGGAGGCAAUUAGCAGGCAGCCGCCUAAUCGCCGUUUGGGACCCUCUGUGUCCCGCUCCGCGCGGAGGCUACCCAAUGCCCCUCCUCGACCGGUGCCUGUGUCGGGCUCCAAAAGCGGCAGCGGACCACAUGUGUCGCGCAUCCGAAUGUUUCAGAUAGAACGCGAGUUUAGUACGUCCGCAGAAUCUGAGGCCCGCAAACAGACAAACGGCAACCAAAACGGCGCGCCGCGGCGUGCCCCGACACCGCCGCCGCCGCGGCCAGAGAAUCCCGAUGACUCCACGUUCGAUGACUACGGUCAAAGUCGACCGAGAGUAUGCAACUGUCCGGGCACCGUCAUGAUUCGCCGCGGACCACCACGUCGAUCUACCAGCGGCCGCCUUCGCGGCGCCUAUAUCAAGAACGAUGACGACGACGACGACGAAAUGGAGGACCUGUACAUGAUCAGGAAGUCCAAAAAGAAAAGGAAGAGGAAGCAGACCCCUCCGCCGCCGUCUCCUCCUCCUCCUGUCACACCAACGCCGUCGAGUGGAUUCAUGAGCUUCCUUUCGGGCCUGGUGGGAGGACGUCAGCAGCCGCCGCCGAUAGCGCCACCAGCGCGACAUGCUGGGACAGACUCGGACAGCGACGAUGAGAGCGAGUACGAGUUGCGCCGAUUCGACCGUCGCCAGCUGGAGAACUUUGUACGCAAGAUCGACUUUAAGCAGCUCGCCCAAGACGAUGAGACCAAGGAGGGCCGGAAGGCGAAAAGGAAGGAGGAAAAGAAAGAAGGAGAAAAGCCGGAGGAGAAAAACCCAGAGGGGAAAGCGCCCGAGCCAGAGAAGAAAGAGGAAAAGCCGCCUGAAGUAAAGACGGAGCCUGCUGUUGCACCCAUGGAAGGGCCACUGGACGUCAAGGUGCCAGUCGUGUUCGUCUUUGGCGGACCCGGCUCUGGCAAGGGCACACAGUGCGACAAGAUAGUGCAAAAGUACGGCUUCACGCACAUCUCGUCAGGCGACCUCCUGCGAGCGGAAGUGGAGUCUGGCAGCGAUCGGGGCAAGGAGAUCAACGAGAUCAUGAAGAAGGGAGAGCUUGCCCCACUGGCGAUGAUCCUACAACUGAUCAAAGAGGCCAUCAAGAAAAACCUAGCGACAGCCAAGGGCUUCCUCAUCGACGGCUAUCCGAGGAACGUUGAGCAGGGCGUGCGCUUCGAAGCUGAGGUGUGCAAGUGCACCAACCUUGUGUACUUCGAGGUGAAGGACGAGACGAUGACGACUCGGCUCAUGAAACGUGGUCAGACGAGUGGCCGCGUGGACGACAACGCAGAGACCAUCGCCAAGCGACUCAAGACCUUCCACGACGAGUCGACGCCUGUCCUAGAGAAGUACAAAGCCAUCGUUCAUAAGAUCUCAGCAGAAGAGGAGCCAGACAAGGUGUUCCAAGCGGUCACGCAGCUCUUCGACCAAAUAACCAAACCGCAAUAGUCAAGGAAUUAAAGUCGAACAUGUACAUACUUA